UCUUCAGCAGAAAUCUAUUCAGCAACAAAGUCAAUAAUGAACAGAGCAGCAGCUGUACUGACUGCCAUCCUGCUCCUGUGUGCUAUUGCUGCACAAGGCAUUCCAAUCCCGGGUACUCAAGGUCGGUGUCUGUGCCCUGAGAACCCCAGCUCCAGAUUUAUUCAUCCGAGAACCAUUCAGAGUUUGCAAUACAUUCCCAAAGGGUCACACUGUGAGAAACAAGAGAUAAUCAUUACCAUGAAAACUGGGGAGACUGUUUGUGUGAGCCCUGAUGCCAAGUGGGUGAAGAUUAUCAUUAGAUCCAUACAAGGUUCCAGACGACAUAACUAAGAAUUGAAGCUGCUAUGGGAUUCACUUGAUUGCCCCCUCCCUGCGGAAGUUGCUGGACAGUGAACACUGAAAUGAAGAAGCUCUGUGCAGGGCACUCACUUUCUGAUAUCACUGUUCGAUAUGUUCUUCGAGCAGUUCCCCUGUAUCGAUCCUCUGAAACAUACUUCAUUGUUUAACCUACUUCCACUGUAACUGUCUACACAGAGCCUAAGAAAUCCGGCUGCUGUUGUGAAAUGUUGGCCUGGAGAGCUUCAUUUUACGGGAUGUUUUUUGUACGAUUAUUCUGAAUGUGGUCUGGCACUGGAGCAGAUACUGUACAACUGAAAGCAAUUUGUUAACUUUCUCCAUUAGUAUUGGAAAAUAAUUUCUGAUCAUCAAAGGUGCAGUUAGACAAGGAAAUAU